AUGGGUAGAAAUAAAACAAGUACAUAUUUGUUCAAAUCAUGUUUUUUUUUAUUUUUCAUUUCCAUAUCAUGUAUAGGAACUUUUUAUUGGUCUUUACAAAACAAUGAUAUAAUUGAAAAUAAGACAAUUCAAUAUAUAUUAACAAAUUAUAAUUAUGGAAGGAUAUUGUCUGAAUUUGAAGAUGUUAAUAAAAGUUCAUCUGAAAAGGUACACUUUGAUAUUUUAAAAAAUGAUGAGAUGAAUGAAAGCAUAAAUAAUGUUUCAAAUGAUACCGAUAUGAAUUAUCUAAAAGAUACAUUUAUAAAAGAAAUUAAUGAUUUAAAUAAUAAUUAUGAAGAAGACGAUUUAAAAGAUCACGAAACUAUAAAAGAUAUAAAUAUUGAGAAAGGAAUAGAUGAAGAUGAAAAAUAUGAUUUAGGUAUAAAGACAGAUGUAAAAAAUGAUAUGGACAUUUUAGAAAAUAAAAUAGAUGAUAUAUAUAAACACGAUUAUACAAAAGAAUUAGAAGAUUUAAAAACGUGCGUACAAGUUCAAAAGGAUUUAAAUAUAAAUGUAAUGGAAAUAAAGGAAGAUAUUAAGAAAUUAGAAGGUGAUUUAAUGAGAUUAAAACAAAAUACGGAAGAUGAAAAAAUUAUAAAAGAAGAUAUAGGAGAUGAAAAAAUUAUGAGAGAAGUUGACAAAGAUGGAAACAUUGUAAAAGAAGAUGUGAACGAUGAAAAAAUUGUAAAGCAAAAUGUGAAUGAUGAGAAAGAUAUAAAUGAAGAUGGCAAAGAUGAAAAACUUAUAAACGAAGAUGUAAAAGAUCAGAAAGGUAUACAAAAAGAUAUACCGAAUGAUAGUAAUUCAGAAAAAAAUAUAAAUAAUUUAAAAGAUUAUAUAAACGUUCAUGAAGAUAUAAAAAUGCAUGACACUUAUACAAAUACGUAUAUUACGGAUAGAGAUGACGUUUCACAAGAAAAUGAAUUAGAUACAGGAGAUAAUGGAGGAAAUGUAGUUGUUAAUUUAAAGGAUAAAGUAAUAUAUUUUUUUAAAACCGAUACAAAUGAGUUUUUUAAAAAAUGUAGAUCAGUUGUUUCAAAAAAUGAAGAGAACAUUGAAGUAAGGGAAAACAUAAAAGAAGGAAACGAAACAAUUGGUAGGAUGAAUAAUGAUAUGGAAUACAUGAAUGAAAAUAAAAAUGGAGGUACCUUAAAUAAUCUGAAGAAUAAGGUUAUAUCUAAUAUAAAUAAUAUAUCAACAAAAUUUUUUAAGAAAGGUCUUCAGAAUGACACAAAAAGUAGUGAAAAUGGGAAUGAAAAUGUAAAUAAAUAUAUGGAGAAUGAGAAAACAGAUAUAAAAAAUAAUUUAAGUGGUGAUUAUGAAAAUGAAAGUAAUAGGAAAAGCUUAAAUACUAAUUUUUAUUUGAAUACUAUAAAAAACCGCGUUAAAAAAAUAUCAUCUGAAAUUAGAAACAUCAAUACUAAUAAAGAGAAUGAUGCAAGUUGUUCUUAUGACUACGAAUUAGUGGAAAUAAAGUCUUCAGAAGAGGAUAUUUCGUGUUUAUCAAAUUAUACAAUACAAGUAGAUAAAAAAAUUGGAAAAUAUUUAGAGCAAGAAAUUAAAUCAAAACACGUGUUUAAUUGGCAAAUAGGUCAAUAUGAGGUAUAUAAAAUUUUAUGUAGUGCAGAUGAAUAUUCAAUAAAUGGUAUAAAAUAUAAAGAGUGGAAAUUAACUCGUAUUCCAACUAUUGGACUUAGUAAACGUGGUAGGAGUAAUGUUCAUGAGAUGUUUGAAACUAUUGUUAUGUCAAAUGAUGGUUAUGAAAAUCAUGUAAAAUUAUUUAUAAAAAAGAUUCCUAUAAAAAUAUGGAUGAAUCAGUUUGAUUUAAUGAAUGAAUAUAAUGGAGAAUAUAUUUUUAAUGGAGAAAAUUUUAUUAUGGAGGCAUGUGCCUUAGCUUUUUUAAAUGAAUAUCAUGUAGGAAUAGUACCUAAAUUAUAUAAAAUAUUAUUUGAAAUAGAUAAUAUGAAUAAAAAAGAUACUAUAUUAAAGGAUAAGGAUUUUAAAGAUUUAAGCACGUUUAACAAUAUAUUAAAAGAAAAAAUAAAAUAUAAUAUCAAGGGAUAUAUUGUAAUAAUAUCUGAAUUUUUUGGUGAAGAUUUAUAUAGCUAUUUAAUUAGAAGGAAUGAUAUAUAUGCUUCUUUAUUAAGUAAAAAUGAGAAAAAGAAAAUUCUUAGUCAAUGCUUAAAUUUAAUGAAAAAUUUACAUGAUGCAGGAUUGGCUCAUCUUGAUUUUAAUGAUUCUAAUAUAUUGAUAUCAAAUUAUUUACAAGUAAGAUUAUGUGAUUUAUCUAAAAGUUCCCCAAUAUAUACUUAUAAUUUAAGGCAUACUAAAGAAGGAGAUGAUUUAUAUUUUUUUCAAUCAUGUGUAAACAAUGUUUCAAAAAUUCCAUACACUCCACCAGAAUGUUUUAUAUUAUAUAAAUUUUAUAAGGAAUAUGAAAUAGAUGAUCCAUUUAAAUAUAUAAAUUAUAUUACAAAUAGUGAGGGAAAAAAAAAAUUUUAUUAUGAAGUAUCAAGUGCAGAUAAGUACAUGCUUGGGAUCUUGUUCAUUAAAAUUUGGAAUAAUGAAUUUUUAUGGGAAAAAGCGGAUAUUUUAAAAGAUAAAACGUUUUCAGAUUUUAUGAGUUUGAAUAUGAAUUUUGAUAAAUUCGAACAAACAAAAAAGUGGCCAAAUGAUUUAAAAAUUAUACUACAGAAAUUACUUCACUUUGAGUAUAGAAAUAAUUUAAAUUUAAAUGAUCUAAAAGAUUAUAAAUGGUGGUCUUAA